UGUGAGCGGCAGAUAGAGAGAGAUGCAAGCUCACAAUCGGAUUUCGAGUAGUGGUCACAACACUCCGUCACCUCCAACGUCGCCAUUGCGAUCGCCGAGGUACCGGUCCGGCAAGGGGAAGGGAGGGCGGUUUCCCUCGGGGCAGCAGCCAAGGACUCUCGCGCAGAGACUCGCGUGGAUCAUACUCUCCGUUCUCCUUCGUCGACAGGGUGUUUUCCUCUUCGCUCCUCUCAUUUACAUCUCAGGAAUGCUGCUUUACAUGGGUACAGUCUCCUUCGAUGUGGUUCCACACGUUAAGCCUCGCCCUCCCCCUGGUUCUGUCUACCGCAGCCCCCAGCUCUACGAGAAGCUUCGUCCUGAGAUGGAUUCUGAUAAUUCUUCCUCUUCCGCCGAUGGGUUAGCAACAGUGUGGAAACACUCUUAUAAAGGUGGUGUGUGGAGACCGUGUCUAAACAAGAGCAUGGGGGGUUUACCUGAUUCAAAUGGUUACAUAUAUGUGGAGGCUAAUGGUGGCUUGAAUCAGCAAAGGACAUCGAUAUGCAAUGCAGUUGCUGUGGCGGGUUAUUUGAAUGCGACGCUUGUAAUCCCUUACUUCCAUUUCCAUAGCAUUUGGAGGGAUCCAAGCAAAUUCAAUGACAUCUAUGAUGAGGAUCACUUCAUUAGUACCUUGAAAAAUGUUGUACGGGUGGUUGAUAAGAUACCAGAAUACCUAAUGGAACGAUUUGACCACAACCUGACAAAUGUUUAUAACUUCAAAGUGAAGGCUUGGUCACCCAUUCGAUACUAUAGGGAUGCAGUUCUUCCAAAGCUACUUGAAGAACAGGUCAUCAGGAUUUCUCCUUUUGCAAAUCGAUUGUCCUUUGAUGCUCCUCCAGCAGUACAACGUUUUAGAUGCUUGGCAAAUUAUGAAGCCUUACAGUUUUCUAAUCCUAUAGCAACUUUGGCAAACAGUUUGGUUGAAAAAAUGAAAGAACGCAGUGCAACCAAUAAUGGAAAAUAUGUUGCUGUUCAUCUACGAUUUGAGGAGGAUAUGGUUGCCUUCUCUUGCUGUGUAUUUGAUGGUGGACAAGAAGAGAAAAAUGACAUGAAUUCCGCUAGAGAAAGAGGUUGGAGGGGAAAGUUUACUAAACCUGGUCGUGUAAUAAGGCCUGGAGCAAUCAGGAUCAGUGGGAAAUGUCCCCUUACUCCCUUGGAGGUUGGAUUGAUGCUCAGGGGCAUGGGUUUCAAUAAUAGCACAUCUAUUUAUUUGGCAUCUGGAAAGAUAUACAAUUCUGAAAAAACCAUGGCCCCUCUUCUGGAGAUGUUUCCACUCUUGCAGACUAAAGACACACUAACGUCAGUGGAGGAACUUGCUCCAUUUAAGAACUACUCUUCCAGGAUGGCUGCUAUAGACUACACAGUCUGUCUCCACAGUGAGGCAUUUGUGACAACUCAAGGUGGAAAUUUCCCACAUUUUCUAAUGGGCCACAGGAGAUACUUGUAUGGUGGCCACUCCCAGACAAUCAGGCCCGAUAAGAAGAAGCUAGCUUUAAUAUUUGAUAACCCAAACAUCGGGUGGAAGGCCUUCAAACGUCAAAUGCUGAGCAUGCGAUCACACAGUGAUGCAAAGGGAAUUCAGCUCAAAAGACCGAAUGAUUCCCUAUAUUCCUUUCCAUGUCCAGUUUGCAUGUGCCGUGUAAACAAGUCAGAAGAUCACAGAUCCUCAUCCGCUCCUUGAUUUAUUUGGAAGGAUAUUCUGAUUAUUGAUUGUUUUUGUUUCUAUAACUUGGUGUGUCUAUCUCGUCGUUGACCCUCAUUCUUUACAUUGUUGUAUUUCUUUUAAUUUUUGGCCUCGACGAGAGGUAGCACAAAAAAUUUUUGACCUUCACAGAUUUUUUUGGAGAGCACAUUGCUCUGAUUCUUUCCCUGGCAUUGAAAAGGAGAGUUACAAAAGGAACAGACUACC